AGCAGGCUAUAAAUCUAGAGAUUGAUUUUAUUUUAAAAGAAAGGGAAAAUAUUGUUGUAUUAAAAGAACUAGAAAUGAAAAAACGGAUUGCAAAUGACCUGAAGCUACAGUUACCAAAAGAAACCUCAAAGUCCAUCCAAGUUGCUGACAGAAUAAAUUCAGACUUCCUGAAACUGCGUCUCAAUCCAGACGCUGAAAAGACGAGACCAAAUUACCUCCAAAAGUGUGCAAGUUCAGUAGUCUUGACAACUAGUGUAAGGAAAUCUCCAAGUUUAAUUUUAAUGGAACUACAGCAGGCGAAGAUGAAUUUGGCGAGGAGUACUUGUGGCAUAUCUGGCAUUCGAGCUUCAGUUGAACAACUAAAGAGUAUGAUAGCCAAGGAGGAAGCCAUGCUUGAGAAAUCCCGUGAAAGGUUACGUUUAGAUACUGCCAAGGUCUUAACCUUAGAAGAGAAUUUAAAAAAAAGCACAGCAGAACUCAAACUCAUACAAGAUGCUCAAAGCAGGCAUCACAAAACUUCAGAGGGUGUUUCGAAACGUAUAACUGAACUUGGCUUAGAGAAAGAAGGCUUUAAAAUGAUUGCAGAAGUUGCCAAGGCUGACGCAGCCAGACUAAUAUCAGGCAUAGAUCAUAUGAAGACUUGUAUAAAAGCCGCCGAAGCUGCACAAGUCGCUUUAGUUGCAGAGAAAGUUACUCUUUCAUUUGAAGAAUACACACAGCUGAUUUGCAAAGGCCGACAGUCUGAUGAGAAAUCCAAGAAGACUAUUGAGGCUGCUAUGGCUCGAGUUAGAGAGGCAAGCCAAUCAAACCAUAGUCUUCAUAUGAAGAUUGAGGAAGCAAUUGCGGAAGCAGGGGCCAGCAGAAAAGCACUAAAAGAAGCGCAGAAGAGAGAAGAAGUUGCAAACAGAGAAAAGCUUGCAGCUGAAGAAGCCCUUGAAAUAUGGCUUUCUAAACAGAAGAACAAUAUGAAUGCUAUGGCAACAACAGCAGUUGAAUCCAAUAGGGAAAUGCUGAAAGAGGAACUGGAGAGAGAAGAGUUGGAAAACAGCGGAAAGCUUUCAGGUGAUGAAGAUUUGCCGUGGUGGACUAUUAAGCAGAAGCAAAAGACUCGUUCUGUCCAAAACUCUACCAAAUUCAAAAACUCUAAUGCAGUGCCGCACAGAACCGAAACUAGGAUACUUGAUGUGAAUGGUAUGAGUUUGGCCACUACUGGCAGGCCAAGGAGAUUGUCCAUUGGUCAAAUACUUACAAUCAAGCUGAUGGACACUGAGGAAUAUGAAAAAGGAAUCGGGGAGAGAGCAAUUGAAAGGCCUAGGAUAUCAUUGGGUCAGCUUCUCAGUCAAAGGCACGAGCUAAUGUCUCCCACAAGGACUAACGUGAACAAUGCUUGCACAAAAUUUUCUAGAAAGAGGAAAAUGUUUGGGUUCAUUUGCCUCUCGCUUAUUUUAGCUAAGCAAAACAAGAGGGGGAAGAAUCGGCGACGGGCAUGGAGUCUCCAGAGUAACUGCAGGGCACUAGUUAUGUAGUUUUCUGGAGCUUGGGUGAGAUGGGAGGAAUUUCUUCCAUCAACUACUCGGUCGCAGACCCGAUCUCUUGUGAGUGUAUCCGUUAUUAUUUCUUACAUUAUAUCUUUUAUUGCGAAAAAUUUGUAUAAAACUUCAGAAUUGUAGACAUUUUUGUCAAAAGGAACUAAAUGCAAACAAGUU